UUUUACAUGCCGAUAAAAAUAAAUUUAGGUCAAUUUUUUUAUUAAAUUAAAUAUAAAACAUACACAAUUCUAUUUAAGUUUAUUCGUUUUUGUCAACUUUUGUUGCUAACUAAAUGUUAUAUCGUUGUUUGUAAUGAGUUCUUGUUGUGGUAAUGAAAUAAUCUUCAAUUCUGCUCUUAGUGAAGUAGUGAACAGCAAUUUAGCGCAAAUAGCAAAUUUAGUGAAUAUUGAGAACAGUUUUACUGGUUAUUGUGUUGUUCUAGUUACUGUUAUCGUAGUUUGUGUAAGUGUAGUCGCGUUUCGAAGAUACACCAUCACUUUGGUCAAAGAUACAGACAGCUCUUAUCUAUAUGACUAGGAAAGUAAAAGUAAAUAGAGCAUAAUAUUCUGCUACACAUUGCUGAGCUCUCGAGUUCUGUAGUGCACCUGACGUCGCGGCUGUAACUGCGGGCGGGCAGGCGGGUCCCGACCCGGCGCCACAAGACGGCGUAAUGAAAGGCGUCGAAGCGACACCAGAAGAACAAGAACGAUUAGCGACAGGAAACAACAAUGGCUCACUCGAUUGCAAAUUACCGCCACACAUACAGAAAGCUAAGCCGAGAUCAGCAUUUUAUUCCACAAGAGUGUUCAUGCUGGUGUUCCUAUCGGGAUGGGUUCUACAAGGCAUGUUCCUCACGUACUUCGUGAGUGUCACGACUACGGUAGAAAAGUUGUUUAAAGUCGGCUCGAAGACUACUGGGACGUUGUUAGCGGCGACGGAAAUUGGACAAAUCUGCACGGCGCUGUUUCUAACUUAUCUGGCAGGUCGAGGGCAUAGACCGAGAUGGAUAGCGUGCAUGAUGCUUGUGCUCGCAGUGGGUGUAAUCGGCUGCGUGGUUCCGCACAUAUUGUACGGAACGCAGCUGAUGGAUGUGCAUUUAGAUGCUCAUAGAGCCGGUGCCGCUCCCGUGUGCUCUACGGAUGGGAACUCCUCAGUGGUGACCUGUGACGCAGCUCACGCUCAGAAUACGGCUACGCGGUCCUCCAUCACAGCCGUGGUGAUACCGUGGCUGUUCAUUUGCCUCUUGGUGGUCGGCGUGGGACAGACCGGUAUUGCCACUCUCGGCAUACCGUACGUGGACGACAACGUGGGGAGCCGACAAUCGCCAUUGUACAUGGCUAUCACAAUUGGGACAAGAGUAAUUGGACCGGCGCUAGGGUUCCUCCUCGGAGCCCUGUGUACGAGAGUAUACGUUGAUCCCCUCGCAAACCCUGAGUACGAGUACAGUGAUCCAAGAUGGGUUGGUGCUUGGUGGCUUGGCAUGGUGUUCAUUGCGGGUUUCAUAGUGCUUCUGUCUGCGUUGAUGUUCUGCUUCCCGCGGCAGAUCAAACCGACUCUCCUGCCACCGCCGCCAAAGUUCAACACAGAGAAAAGAGAUCCCUUUUUCAAAGAUUUCUUCGCAACAAUCAAAAGACAGCUAACGAAUGACAUCCUGAUGUGGCGGACGGCGUCGUCAGUGCUGCACCUGAUGCCCAUCAGCGGCGUGUACUCCUACCUGCCCAAGUACCUGGAGCAGCAGUUCCGCCUGCCCACGCACGACGCCAACCUUGUCUCGGGACUGGGCGGCAUCCUGGUGAUGGGGCUGGGUAUCAUUACGUCAGGUGUAGUGAUCCUGCGGCUGGUGCCCACGGCGCGCCAGGUAGCCGCCUGGACCGCCGCCACCGCUGUCAUUUAUAGCGCGGGUAUGGUGGUGCUAAUGUUCGUGAGUUGCCCGGAAGAGAGCUACCGUGCGCUGACCCCCGGCGCGGCCAACCUGUCGUGCAGCGAUGCUUGCCACUGCGACGGCGCGCCAUACUCUCCAGUUUGCGGACAGGAUUCCUUCACAUACCAGUCGCCGUGCCAGGCGGGCUGUGUGAGCAGUAAGCAGUUAGACAACAGCACAUGGAUGUACUACAACUGCUCCUGCAUCGAAGUCACGCUGCAAGGCGAGAAGGCUGUCAAAACCAUUGAACGGUUCGGGUUAUAUGACACUCCAUUAGACUACCCUUCCACUGGCUUUGCGGUGACGGGCGAAUGCGGCGGCGGAGCUUGCAAGCAAAUAUACGCUUUUAUUGCGAUAUUUGCGGCCGUCAUGUUCGUGCACGCGAGCGGGGAGGUUGGCGCGGUUUUGCUGAUCAUACGAUGUACAGACAAACAUGACAAAGCGAUGGCGAUGGGCGUGAUCCAGUUCGCGAUAGGCGUGUUCGGGAACGUGCCGUGCCCGAUCAUCUUCGGCGCGGCGGUGGACGCGGCGUGCCGGCUGCGGGACCGCGCCUGUGGACUGUUGGGCGGCUGUGCCUCGUACGACAGCGACAGUUUGAGGCAUUUUUACCUCGGACUAUCAGCCGGGCUGAUGUUCCUCGCGUUCAUCAUGGACCUGCUGGUAUGGAGUAAGGCGGGUCGUAUUGACAUGAACCCCGCUGACCGCGCGCCCGACGCCGCGCCGCCCGCGCGCUCCGACACGCCGCUCUGACCCGCCGCACCCACUGCACCCUUCACACCCACCACACCCACGACACCCACCACACCACUCUCACCCACAACACCGACGCGGCAGCCACGCCAGACAUUCUCCUACGAGUCGCAUCUCUAACUUUAUAUAUUUAUUAUUUAGAGUGCGAGUUUAGGUACAUAUUAUUAUUCUGACGUUAUAGUCGUUAGAUACUCGAAAUUUGUCAUCUUUGUCGAGACGUGCGAUCUUGUACUAAGCUUUCUGUAACCAAACAAUAAUUUGUAACUAUGACGUAAAUCUCAGAAAAGAGUAUCUAUGCAAACGGGGGAAUGGGGGUUAUCCAAAUGACUCUUGUUGUUGUUGAAUGUUCUUCGAGUCUAGAAUUGGUACAGAACUAUUAAGAUAUUAUUGAUUAUAUUAGUAUUACAGUUGACGCCAGGAAAAAUCUGAUCUUGAAUCGUUAAAUAAAUCACCCAAUAUAUAGACAUAUAGUUUACUAUAUAAACAAAUAGUGGGUGAUUUAUCGAUUUAUUUGUAUGAAGUGAGGCGCGACGGUGGGUGUGUCUGUCGCCGCGUGCUCUAUAUAUAUUUUGUGACUGGAAGUUGACGAAUGGAAUGCCUUAUCGAGUUGUUUUUAUAUCAUCCGACAUUCGCGUCUCGAACUACGAAUAUUAUAACUUUGACCAUUAUCAUAAUCGUCUAUGUAGACACGGUGCGUUGUUUUUAAUGACGAUUUUUUAGGUUUGCAACAUUGAAUUAAAGAUAAAAAAAAUGUAAAUAUAAAAUACUAUUUAGAAAAAUAUUUCUAGAACAAAAAUCGUGUUAAAAAUUGUUUUAUAUUUAGCAAUAUUAUGUCUUUUUAAUCUGUUUACUAAUACUUAAACUGUCAUAGAUGGAUCAAAUGAUAAACUUUUUGAAUUUUACAUCAUCCAAAUUUCGCGUCUCGAACUACGAAUAUUAUAACUUUGACCAUUAUCAUAAUCGUCUAUGUAGACACGGUGCGUCGUUUUUAAUGACGAUUUUUUAGGUUUGCAACAUUUAAUUAAAAUUAAAAAAUAAAUGUUAUUAGAAAAACAUUUCUGAAACAAAAGGGGCGUUAAAAUAUUGUUUUAUACUUAGAAAUAUUAUAUUUGUUUAAUCUGUUUAAAAAUACUUAAACUGUCUUAAAUGGAUCGAAUGAAUAUUUCAAAUCAAUUUAUGGGAAAAUACUUAUUUUGAGUGUUGCCAUAUUAUUAAUUUAUUGCAUUAACUCUUUUUAAAUUUUUUGAGCAAAGGACGAUUUUGAAUAAUACUAUACUGCAAUAAUGACUGAAUAAUAUAAAUCGAAAUAACUAUGUUCAUUGCAUUUUUACUUACGCAUUUUUUAAACUAGUUUUGUUUUUAUAUUAUUUGCUCAAUUUUAAUAUAGAAAUAUACAUUUAAAGUACAUGAUGUUUUAUGCAUAAUAAUGAAAUAUAGAAGCUCGAAAUUUGUUUGUAUAAUAUUUUUUGUUUUAUAAAAAUAGUACAAGAUUUACAUAAAAAUCAACUUUUAUAAAGGGAAAUAAGGUCUGGUUUAGAUCCGCGCGAAAAGGAUGGUCCCAUUUGUUAUCCAAUUUUGUUUGGAGCAAAAGAGAGUCCUAAUGUUAGACCCUAUUUUUGGUAUAAGCAUAGUGAUAAUUUUUUCAGGAAUUUUUAUAUGGAAUCACAAUAUUGGGUCUAGUUAAUGUUAAGCUAGGUGUACACUCUUUAAUAAAACAAUAAAAAUGAUUCUUUAUUUUAUGUAUAUCUUACGUCACGGUUUUGUUAGACAUCUGAAAAUUACACAAUUAAAAAUGGAAAAAAUCUAAAAUAAAUACGACAAAGAACUAUGAAAUAACAGUUUACUACUUUACAUUUAGUAACAGGUCUAGUAUCAGAGCUUUUGCAGUAUAAACACCUUAAUAACAUUAAGGUGUUAAUACUGAAACAUUGUAAUAAAAAAAAAGAGUACACUUAUGGGAAUUUCUACAAAUCACUGAAUCGUACAUUAUUAAUAAGUUUAAAUGUUUAAUAAAUACCCAAAUAUUAGCCCCAACAAAAGAUUUCUUACAAGACCUCAAUACAUUUUUUUCGAUUAUUGCGAAUUACAUGGCUAGUGAUUAGACAUUUAUAUUAGUUUAGUGCAAGUUUUUUUAUACAAAUUAUUUGCUAAUUAUUUCUGUAAAUAUAUUAAAUAUUAAUAAAAUUGAACAUGUAAUCACAUAAUAAUAUUAAAUAUUUUUAAUAUAGGCAUCUGUUAUUGUUGUUAGGACGUUUUGUUUUCCGUAUAUUUAUAUUGUGGAGUUGUAUUUUUUUAACAUCACAUGAAUUGUGGCCAGUUGAAAGUUUUUACGUAAUAUUAUUUGAUAUACUUACCGAAUUAAAUUAAAAAAAUAUCGUUUCACUAACUUUUUCAAUUGUUCAUUUAUAUUAUGGGAUACGAAAAUCAAGGUAGUGAUUUUGGAGCGAUUUUUUUACAAGAUUAUUUAUAAUCGGCAUGUAAAAUAUUCCUAAAAAUUAUCUUCUAAGUAGGUAUCGAUAAUGUCUGACUUUACUAAUUACUUGUUAAUAUUAUAUUUUAUACCGUUUUUUUGUGAAUAAAAUAAGUGGAAGUAUUGCAAAAUAAUAAACUUUUAUAAUGGCCGAAUAUUCUAUUAUCAAUCAUGCAAUAUUAUAAUUAUAUUGUGAUAAUUAUAAAUUUUUAAUCAUUAAAUAAUUAUCCUUUCUUUUGAAAGGCUAACAAGGCUGGGUUGAGUGUAAAAUAUGUAGGUAAAAUACAGUAGUAGCUACGGCUGGAUUACAAAUUUUUAGAUUAGGUAAUUGUUGUGUAUACAGCAUAAUAUUAUUUUCUUUUUUACUGUGAUUACGAAAAAUCACGUAGUAUAUUUAGGUUAGAAUUAAUAUUAAUAUAGUACAUUAAAAUACGUGUGACUUAAGUCGCCCAUUAUUAUAGCGUAUAGCGCCGUGCAAUAAUGAAUAUAUACUUGCUUAAGUCACGAGUAUAGAAUUUAUAUAAUUUUGUAGCUCGUGUGAGCUACACGCACGUAAGGUUUAUCCUUAAAUGAAGUAGUUCAUUAUUGCACGAUGUAAAAAUGGAUUACUUAAGUCACGGAUAAGUGCAAGUUUAGGUCACGCAGGCCUAUAAAAUAUACUUUCAAGUGCAAUAAUAUGAAUUCUAUCAGGUAAACAAUAGAGCUAAAAUACUUUUACCUCACUGCCAUGUAAAUAAUGGAAGUUUUUUUACUAAACUUUGUUUAUAUUAUGUACGACCUAAUAUUAUUUGGGUACGUUAACGAACUUUAAUGAUAGCUGUACCCGGUUUGUAUUUCCUAUUUAAUAUUUUUUAAUACAUUUUACAAAAUGCGUAUUGAAUGAAAUAUUAUACAAAACAUCACAAUCUACCUACAUUAUAAUAUAUUGCCCUGUAAGUAAAACUCUUGUAUGUACAUAUAUUUUAAUAAAUUAGUCAGUAAAUGUAUAUAAUUUUUCCAAUAGCUGCGUGUUUUACAUAAAGCGACACUUGUAUACUACUAAGAAUUUUUAACGCUUUACUAUAAAUAAUUCAAAUAAUAUUCCUAAAAUUUACAUAAAUUAAUGUGCAUUAUAUUUGUGCAAUUUUUUUUUAUUAAAUUAAUUGUAUAUGAAUCUUAAUUCUUAUAAAAAACGAUUGCUUAAUUAGGUCAAGUUCAAAUGUAUAUGAAAUUUUAUUAUAUCAAUUUUUUAUAUUUUAUAAUAUAUAUUAACUAUCAAUAUAAUAUAUAUUAUUUUACCAGUUUGGUGCUAAAAUUAAACGCAAUAUAAGUAAAAUUAAUUGAGGUUUCAGAAGGUGUUUAUGUGCAAUCCCUGUACUAUUUAUUGAAUUUUUUUCACGUUAUAAUUUGGCCAUUUUAUAUAAUAAUUAAAUACUUAUUAAAUGUUUGUGUGGCAUUGUGUUUGGCGAUUUUAUAUUAAUAAAUAAUAAUAAUUAAUUGCUUAUUUACGAUUACGUAUAUUUUAGUAAAAUGUUCUUACUGUGUUCUCUUAUUUAUCGCAAAUAUUUAGGCCUAGCAGAAUGAAAUUGUUGUUUGUUGGCUGAAUGUUUGUUAAUAUACCUAGCUUUUUCUUUCUAGGAUCUUGUAUAUUUCUUCAUCAUAAUAACACAAUUUUACUAGUCUACGUUUUAGACCUUAUUUUAAUAUAGGUCUAUGAUAUGGGUAUAUGUAUAUCGCAAUGUUUUUAUAAACCUUUUCAUAUGCCUAAGAUCAAAAAGGCACACUGCAAAAUUUGUUUUAUAUAUUUUAACAAAUGUUGCACAUUUUGCAAGGUAGCUUAUGAAAUAAUAAAAUGAAAUUUCGAACAAUUAAUAUUUUGCAUCUUACGCGGCAUUUACCGAUUAAUGUGUACUCUACCAACUAUAUAUUAUAUAUUGUAUUUAUAUUUAAAUACUUCCUGCAAAAAUAUUUAAAUUAUUUCUAUACGUAGAUAUGCCGUUUCAGUGAGACAGCUUGUGAGGUAGGGUACGGAUUAUGGAAGGGUGACAGAUGACGUAAAAAUCAAGGAAUUCAACGUUGCUCUCACUUUCCCGCAAGGCCCAAUUACCAGUAUUUUUUUUUCGUUGCGUUGGUAAACCUUAUACCUAUAAUAAACCUUUAAACCUUUGGUAAAAUACCGUUUACGAAAAAACUGUUAUGUUAAAGUUAACAAGUAACGAUAAAAAUAAUAAAUCCCAUCCAACUAUUAAUAUUAUCUAGAUACCAUCAUUAACACCGGUAAAAGUAACGAUACUUAUACCGGUUAUUAUACUUUUAUCUCUAUCUAAUGAUGGCGUGUACAAACUAGCGUCUUCGCUCAAUGCCCAUUUACCGUUAAAUAACGAUAAAAUAUAACGUUAAAUCAUAUUGGUAUACCGCUUACCGCUUGGUAUUGGUAACAUUAUGUUUCGGUAGUUCUAACGUUAAAAAGUUAGUAACGGUACCCGUCCCUACUCUACACAUACACAUUCAACCUCACGAAUAGUCUCAUUCAUUUCGAUACAACUGUAGUUGAGAUAUUGUGUUGGCGUUCUUAUACAUCGUUAUGAUGUCUUAUUAGGUACAUACUUGUAUAUGAGCAUACAAACUUAAAAAGUCACUUAUUGAACAAUUCAUAACUUUAUAAUUAUAUUUCAUUUUUUAUACUAGAUUACCAGAUAAGGUUUACCAUCGGUCCAACUCGAAAGUUCCCGAAUAAAAACUUAUUUGAUUUUCUAUAAAAUAAAUAUUUGGAUAAAUAUACUUACUUAUUGUUUGUAUGCUUAUAUAUAAAAGUUGAUAAGUUAGUUCAUUAAUUUUAGUAAUAAAAAUUUACCAAAAUAUCACAAAGAAAAUGUUUAAAAGAAUGCAAACAUAGCAAAUAUUGACUCUAUAUUUGCUAUUUCUGCGAUUGUAAUAUUUUUUCACGAUAAUAAUCUAAGUUUUGAAGUGGGCUUUUUUAUAUGAAUUUGUUCGUUUUAACGUAAGGCCGCGAUUACAAUUGUAAGUUUUAGUCAUGUAAGUAGCUUACGUAAUUAAUUG